AUGUACUCUAUACUGAAGGCUGAAGUCAGUAAAGGUUCUGUGCUUUCGACUCAGGACCGGAAGUCCACAUCUUUGGAAAGAGAAGGAUGGUGGAGAAUAACAUUAACAAAUACUCCUAAACCUGGCACUUACCACUUGAGAACUUUUAUUGAAGAAUCCCUGUUAAACCCAAUACCAGCAACCUACAAUUUUAAAAAUGAAGGAAGGAGAAAACCACCUCUUGUGCACAGAAACAACCCAGUCAUGACUGACCUUCCCCACUACAUCCCUCCUAACUCCAUGGAUUUGCUAAAGAAGCAAAUGGCCACUUAUUCAUUUAAAGACAAGCCACGGGCCAGUCCCAGCACACUGGUUUUCAGAGAUCAGACCAUUCAGCUUGCACCUGGACAGUACGAGAUUAUUCCUCCUCUGGUUCCCAAGAGUCCUGCCAGGGAUGUUGUAUUUCAUUCUACAGUCCCAAGAUUCUCAUCAGGCUGGUUCAUUCCUCAUGAAGGCCCAGGUCCAGGCCAUUAUGACUUGAAAGCACCAGCUACAUGUUCUGUGACUUCUUGCUUCCAAUCCAGAGUCCCUCGCUUCUUGACCGCCCGAUCGAAAACACCAGGCCCCGGCGCAUACACAGCUUCAGUACAGUAUCCUAAACAGUCCCCGUCCGUGGCCAGGAUGGGCCGAGAACACAGCCUCUUCUUCAACAACACAAUCGGCUUUUAG